AUGUCCGCUUUGCCACCCGAUCCGUACAAGAUCUUGGGCGUUUCCAAAGAUGCACAACUCGCAGAAAUUCGAAGUGCCCACCGAAAGCUCGUCCUCAAAUGCCACCCCGACAAGGUCCAGGACCCGACGCUCAAGGCCCAAAAGCAAGAUGAGUUCCAAAAGGUCCAACAGGCCUACGAGAUCCUGAGCGACGAAAACGAGCGAGGCAAAUACGAUGACAAUGUCAAAUUGGCCGAGCUUCGCAAGGAGAUGGCCAAGGGUAUGUCCGCCAACACCUCGGCUCCCAGAGCGCCUGCCGCCAGAUCCUACGAGGUCCGCACCGCCGAGCCCCGACCGGAUACCUACAAGACGACAUACCGUGCCUCCCCCGGCGGCAAGCCCAUGUACUCUACCGGGUACAAUUCUCGAUCUUGGGACGAAGAAAUUCACAGCAGAUCAAAUUCCAUUUUCGAAGAGCCCAGAGCCCGCCGGGCUGCGAGUUACGAGAAAAGUUACGAGAAACCGUCCCGCCAAGAUGACGAAAGAGAUCGAGAGCGGGAACGUGAACGCAGACGUAAGGAAGAGAGGGACAGAGAACGCGAGGACCUCGCCCGUGCCGCAGACCGCAAAGAAAGGGAGCGCGAGAGGGAGCGCGAAAGAGAACGCGAAAAGGAGCGAGAACGCCAAGACCGGAAGGCUUACGAAAAGCAGCUCAAGAGGGCCGCCGAAAAGGCCGCGGCUGACAAGGAAGAGCGUCGUCAAGAACGCAAGCGUCAAGAGAAGGCCGAGAAGGAGAGAGAAAAGGACCGUAAACGCGAGGCCGAAGAGAAAUCGCGUAGACACAAGCCUGCCUACAUCGAAGACGAUGAGUCCAACUAUUUCGCCAAGUCUGAGAAGAAGAAAUCAAGUAGCACCAAGGAGAAGGAGAAGGACAAGCGGUCUCGCUCGAUCCCGCCUGGAGGCGCCCCUCUCCGUGAAGAGCCGCCGGUGCCGCCGGUGCCUACUAUUCAGGCUGAUGCCAAAGUUUCCAAAUACGCCGACACCAUGCUGUACGCAGCGUCAUACAUGGAUCAGUCACGCAAGGCAGUCCACCCGGGUCUGAGCCGUGCCCAGACCUCGUACGAGCCUCGCCAUGUGCCUGCCGCGGUUCCGACGCCGCCCGCUGCGAUUCCUUUCGCUCCUCCUCCCAUUCCUACUGUCGAGGAGGAUACCAGUCGCAGAUCAAAGUCGAGACGCUCCUCUGAGACCAAGACACGGGACAAGUCGAGUCAUAAGAAAUCAUCUCCUACGAAGGAGGCACCGGUCCCGCCAUCACCCAAUGUUGUCGAUGCCUCUCCAAGCACUCGCCACAUGGCUCAGUUCGCUUCCGCGACAUCUUCGCCUGCGUCCACCUCGCCGCCUAAGCACUUGGGCAGAGCGGCUACCUUUAACGAUGGGUAUAACCGUCCUCCUCCUGGUCCCGUCAGAGCUCAAACAUUUUCUCACGUGCCUGCUGAGUCUGCCGACGUUCGGGGCCGUGGCCGUUCAAGGCUGCAGCCACAGCAGAUUUUGAGCGAGGACUCUGAUGAUUCGGAGGAAGACCAACGUCAUCAACAGAGGAGUCAUCGACACAGAACGCACUCUCCCGAGGCGAUGCCAUACGAGACUGGCCAACGAACUCGAUACACCGUCAACGCUGGAAGAGCAGUCCCAGUCGCUGCUGAGGCUGCCUACGCCUCCGCCUAUCGCGACGACUCUCCUCCGAGGAAGUCCAAGCACACCGACUACUACAGUGUCCGCCCUCCCAUGCCGUCUCGGGAGGCAAGCUAUCAGAGUUCCAACCCGUAUUUUUCCAAGGUGAAGACGGCGAGAUAUGAUGACGUUCAGUACUCUAACAUCCCGCAUCGUUACCGCGAUGAGUACGCAGCCUCCUACGCUUAG